AUGAGCCGGAGACAUCAAAAGGUUGUCAUUUCUUUGGACGAGAAAAUUGCCGAAGGAGAAAAGAUGGUCGAAAAAUUGACAGCCGAUAAGAAAGCGCUUCAAACGGCUCUAGCAAAUGACAGCGAUCAGCGUAAUCAGGUUUGUUGAGU